UCUCACUGAUAUUCGAGUAUUAUUCUUAGAAGUAUUUAUAUUUUUGUAUUUAAAUAAAAAUAGGAAGAUGUGUGUGACGAGGGACCAAUGAAAUAUUAAUAAAACAAGCAGAAUUUUAUUCUUAAUCGUGAAAAUGUAUAAUUUGCGUAUCCCAGUGCAAACAUUAGUACUACGCCAGAGGUGCAACAAUUGGCGAAAUUGUUACAAAUAUUUGAUCGAUAGAGGUUAUGCGUAUAAAGAUGGAAAAAGUGUUGAACCAAAACAAUCAAUGGGUUUUCGAAAAUAUUGGAUGUCACGGUAUAUGAAUUACAUAAAAAAUUAUCAAACAACGUUGGAAAAAAAUUUUCCAAAACCGAUGCAUGUAUACAGAGUAUUUAGCAUUGGAUCCAAAGAUUUUUUUUUGGAUUUAAAAAAGUAUCUUUCCGUAAGAAAACUACAUAGAAAAGGGGGUUUGAAAUGUUUAACACACGAGGAAUUACAAUUGUGGCACACAUUUCCCAGUGAUUUAAUUCAAAUAUCACCACUUUUCUUAGUCUCUGCUAUUCCGUUCACAAAUUAUAUCAUUUUUCCAAUGGCUUAUUUAUUUCCACGAUUAUUGUUGACUUCGCACUUCUGGUCCUUGGAACAACGCUUCAAUUUUAUGUUGAGCAAUCAUAAAAAACGAUUGAAGCAUAACAAACCUUUGCUCAGAUGUUUACAAAGUAAAUUAGACACAAUUCAAAACUCUUCGCUUAAAAUCAAAUGGAGCGGCAUUGUGGCUUGUCUUGGUAGUGGAACACAUCCUACACCGUCAGAAAUUAUUUCAUGCAUUCAGUUGUUUUCUAGUCCUCCGUACUCCUUGGAUUCAUUAACAAGAAAACACACGAAAGAAUUGCUGGCUAUUCACGGGAUGAGUAAGUGGAUACCCCGCAGAAGGCAGAGGCUACGUGAAAGAAGUAUAUUAAUACAGGCAAUGGAUAACUCCAUAAAGAGAGAAGGAGGUCCUAGCAAACUGCCGAACGAGGCAAUACGUUGGGCACUAUCAUUCCGAGGAGUUAAUCCAGCAAAUAUGCCACGAGAAAGUAUGCAAGAUUGGCUUAAUAACUGGCUGCAAAUUUCGGCCCAAGUGGACGAGAACAGUAUAUCCCUUCUAUUACACAGUCCAAUUUUAUUAGCGUAUAAUUAUCCGACCAAUUGGACGCUUUUGUAUCACUAAAAAUCCUUAUAAUAAAUAAAUUGAUGGGUCUGUA